AUGUCUGCCCUCACAUCCGCAUUCGCAAAGCUCCGGCCCUUCGGUCGCGGCAAGGACGAGGACGAGGACCGCGGUGAGGCCCUCGGCGGUGACUCUGGCCAAGCUGAGGGCGGCGGCGACCUCGUCGCAGGCGGUGGUCACGCUGCGCGGCAGACCGAACUGUGGGGCCGCCUGCGCGUGAGUCCUGCUCUGCGUCGCUUCCUCGCAGCUGAGGGCGUACUCAGUGAGGCGGAUGCAGGCGUCGGUCUACCUGAUGACGCGCCUCUUCCCCCCGCACUACGCCAGCUCGUCGCACGCCCACACGCCGUGUGUCCCCCCGAACUCACCGACCGCUCUCACCCACUGUGCGACUACCUCAUCUCGUCAAGUCACAACACGUAUCUCCUCGCACACCAGCUGUACGGCAAAUCGUGCCCGAGUGGGUACGAGACGGCGUUGAGUGCCGGAGCACGCUGUGUCGAGAUCGACGCAUGGGACAACGACAGCGAUCCCGCCGAGCCCAAGGUGACGCAUGGGUUCACACUCGUGUCGCACAUUCCCUACCGCCAUGUCUGCGAGACGAUUCGCGACGCCAUCCUCGGACUAGAGGCCAAGGGGAUCCCGGGCGCACCCGUGUUCAUCUCGCUCGAGAACCACUGCGGACCCGCAGGUCAGAAGCGCCUCGUCGAGAUUGCGCACGAGGUCUUCGGCGACAUGGUCCUCAUGACGGACCCGCGCAAGGGGUCAGAGGACCUCCUGCAUCACGUUACGCUCGCGGAACUGGGCAACAAGGUCUGCUUCAUGGUCGAGUACUACUUCCCUGGCCAGAAGCCUGAGGAUGCGGAUGAUGGCUUCAGCUCAAGCGACUCUGACAGCGACAGCGAGGGUGACGGCCAAGACGACCGCAAGAAAGCCAAGGCGAUAUACAAUGCGCAACGCAAGGCGGCGCCGUCGGCAAACAUCAUCCCCGAACUAUCUGCGCUUGGCGUCGUAGUGCAGAGCGUCAAGCCGCCCAAUAACUCGUGGUACGAGAGCGCGCUUGCGAACGCGCCACAUCACCACCUCAUCAACAUCAGCGAGACUGGCCUCGCAGCCCAUCUCCCUACCAACACGGACAAGGUGUCGGCUCACAAUGCUAAGCAUCUCAUGCGUGUCUACCCCAAGGGCACGCGCAUCUCGUCCAAGAACCUCCGCCCCGUGCCGUUCUGGGGCAUCGGCGCUCAGGUGUGCGCGCUUAACUGGCAGACGUUCGGCGCGGCGAUGCAGCUCAACGAGGCUCUCUUCUACGGUACGGACGGCUACGUCCUCAAGCCUUCAUACCGCCGUCACGGGGCGACCGGAAAGCCGUCGGGUCGUAAGAAGCGCCUCACACUCCGCGUUGCCGGUGCGACCGACAUCCCGGCAAGGAACAAGGAAAUCAAGCCGUACCUCAGCUGCACGCUCAUCCACCCAGACAAGUUUGGCAAGCCGCCCAAGCGCAAAACGGAUGGGUAUGCGCCUCAUAAGAGACUCACGUUCCUGAACAACGCCGACGCGCCGCCGGUGACCGAUCCUGUGUGGGACGAGACGCUUGAGUGGGAGUACGCCGACGACGAGAUGAUCUUCCUCCGCAUGUUACUCAAGAGCGACGACAAGUUUGCACGCAACCCCGUCAUCGCCGCUUCCGCGGUUCGCCUUCUCUACGCCGUCCCCGGCUGGAACUUUGUGCGUCUCAUCAACCUCAACGGCCGCGAGACGGCGUGUACUGUGCUCGUCAAUAUCAAGAUCGAAGAUGUGUAA